AUGCCUAGCGCUCAUAAAGAUUUUCCAGUUUGUGGAAAUUGUAAAAAAAUUAAAAAUGUGCAAAACAAUACUGGUUUUUCUUGCCAUUUUAAGGAUGAGAAAGCAGUUGAACAUAUGUUCGAAGAAACAGCAAAUAAAUACCCGGCAUGUGUACCCAAAAAUUUCCUUAUAAAUCGACAAGUUCUUUAUUAUUGUUGCUUUUGGUCCCCGGAAUUGGGGUGCUCUGCACUCAUCGGUAGGAAACUCUAUGAUAGAAGCAGAGACUACUGCGAUAUUUGCAUACCUGUUUGCGCCGGACUAAAAUAUGACGAUAUACCGGAAGGAACUAAUAAGAUUUUGGAAUAUAGUUAUUUAAUAGCACUGGCUUUCAUUAAUUUGUGGAUAUGA